UGAGCGUGCCCAUCAUGUCAUAUGCAAGUUCAUUCACCUCCAUGAUAUAUAUUUGAUCUUUGUGUGCCAGACCGGAAUGUUUCUUGUCAAGGAACUGGAGUGAAAGUGACGGGCACACUUUGUUCUGUGCUGAGCAAACAGAAGCAAACAUUGUUUUCCACCGGGUGAGGUAAGCUCUCCCACAUGAAGCCUGAACAAACACUUUUCCUCAUUUUACAGUUUCCUAUGCCGGCGAGGCAGGUGAAUUCAGGUGUGUCCUGGCUUAACCAUUAAACCUGUAGGGACGCUCUACUACUGACCACGAAGCUCACUGGCACAGUGGCCAUCAACCGCUCCUCCAGUGGGGUGAAAAUGUUGGGGAAGUUGCUUUUCCUGCUCUUUUUGGCACAUUCAUCAGCCGAGCAGCUCUGCACACCAGGUGCGUCGAAUGGCUACAAAGUUCGACUCAGCAUCCGAACAGCUCUGGGAGACGAGGCGUAUGCUUGGAACAACAAUGAAAUGUUCCUCUUCCAAGCUACGCUGGCUUUCGCCAUGAGGAAUCACUUUGACGGACAGAACUUCCAAGUGUCCAACAUCAUAGUAUGUGACGAGACGCCGCGAGUGUCCUUCUGGUUUGUGGUGACGUCACCGACGAACACUUCCCGCUUAGUUGAUAAAGACGAGGUGGAGCUGGCUGUCAGGAAUUCAAGGAACCGCAUCAAUAGCGCCUUCCUGCUGACAGACAGAACGCUGGAGUUCCUGGGCAUUGCGUCCACGCUGGCGGCGCCGCUCCAGCCUGACACGCCACCGUGGCUCAUCGCCUUUGGGGUGGUCAUGGGCGCCGUGGGGGCCGCCUUCGUCAUCCUGCUCGCCUCCUCCAUUGUCCAGAAGAAGCGGAAGAAGAAGAAUACAAAGGAGGAGGACACCGAGGACAUGGAGGACAGCGACGGUGAGACACAGGCGGCGGUGAAAAGGCUGGAAAAUGGCAACAGCCGUCAAGAAGUGGGCGGUAUUUCAAACGUGUCGUUCUUGGAUGACGAGCGAGUCACGCAAAUGUAAUUUUUUUUAAAUCUUAAAAAUCACUGCAUUCCGGGAAAAUCAUAUCCAUAUCCAUUUUGUUGCACUGUUAUUAUUAAUAUUACUAUUAUUAUUAUUAUUGUUGUUGUUGUUUUGAUCAUGGUGAAAGUUAAUCUAAGUUCAGCCAUUUAGCAGUUGCAUAAAUAUAAUAAAAUACAGGAAUCAUUUUCUAUUUACAAAAUGCAAAUGAAUACUUAUU